UCUACCUUAUUCAGCAUGAACUCAUCACAAGGUAAAGAAAAGAAAAGACAGAGUGAGCGGAAAACACGUGGAGGAGAGGAGGACAAGGGGGCGGGGUUAGAGAGAGAGAGAGAGAGAGAGAGAGAGAGAAGGAGAGGUUUGGUUUUACGCACCACAGACGCAUCAGUCAGUGGAAAAGCCGUCAGUCGGCAGCUCACGCAGGAUUUAACCAGCUGUCAUUGUGAAGAGCACGCCACAGAUGAAGAAGAGGAGUUUACGCUGAGAGAGAGAGAGAGAGACAGAGAGAGAGAGAGAGAGAGAGAGAGACUCCUGACUGACAGAGAGAGAGAGCAUCUGCACGCGCUGCUGCAGCGCAAAGAGCGGAAGAACAACAUCAUGAGUGACCGGUUUGACUGCAAGAACUGUAACGAGUCCCUGUACGGACGCAAAUACAUCCAGGUGGAGGACAACCCUCACUGCAUCCCCUGCUACGACCGCCUGCACGCCAACACCUGCCAGCAAUGUAAAGAGAUCAUCGGUCACAAUGCCAAGGAGCUGUUCUAUGAGAACAGACAUUACCACGAACACUGCUUUCGCUGUUUCCGCUGCGACCGCUCUCUGGCAGACGAGCCCUUCUCCAUCCAGAGCGACGCGCUCGUGUGCAGCGACUGCUUCUGCAACGAGUUUUCCUCCAAGUGUGUGGCCUGCGACAAGACAGUCAUGCCAGGUUCCAAGAUGUUGGAGUACGGCGACGCCACGUGGCACGAGGACUGUUUUGUGUGCCACGGCUGCGAGAAGCCGAUCGGUGCCGAAGCUUUCAUCCCGGACAAGAGCAACUACUACUGUGUGCCGUGCUACGAGGGCAGGGUUGCUCCUCAGUGCAGCCUCUGCAAAAAGGCUCUCACUAAAGGAGGAGUGACCUACAAGGACAAAGUGUGGCACAAAGAGUGUUUCUGCUGCUCGGGCUGCAAAGCGUCGCUGGCCGGUCAGUCGUUCACUUCGCAGGGAGAGAGUCCGUACUGCGUCAAGUGCUUCAGCAGCCUCUAUGCCAAAAAGUGUGCCGGCUGCAACACGGCCAUCACAGGGUUCGGCGAUGGAAAGUACGUCUCGUUCGAGGAGCGACAGUGGCACCAGCCGUGCUUCAAGUGCUCGCGCUGCUCUGUGUCGCUGGUGGGCUCCGGCUUCUUCCCCGACCGCGACCAGAUUCUGUGUGCGGACUGCAACAGCGAAGACUGACCGCCUGCAACAGCGGAAUGCACUCGGCAGAGGGAAAAACUCCUGAACCUCAGUUUUGCACUUGAACACUGCAAUUCACCCAGAGCUCAGUAUUUACAACUCUCAUCAGACUUCUGCACGAUGAAAUGUUUGUAUAAAUUCUGCAUUAAUUGUUCUAUGUACACAGAGAGUGUAUGACUCCGCCCCAACCCCAUUUUACACACACUAAACAGUGAAUAAAAUAUUCAAAUGUAA